AUGAGCAAUAUUGAGCGCAUCACGGACACUUCCGGGGCCGUAGCCCUCGGGCCCUCGCAGACAUCGCAAGAAUCUCAGGAAUCCUAUGAUGAUGAAUUCACUCUUCCAACCAAGGAGGAAAAUGACACCCUUCGUAAAGUAGCCGACAAUCUGCCUUUCGUCGGUUUCUCCCUCUGUCUGGUCGAGUUUGCCGAGCGCGCUUCCUACUAUGGAGCACAGACACUCUUCUCCAACUUUGUCCAAUUCCCAUUACCCAAAGGUGAGCCAUGUCUUCGAUCGAAUUUCAGGAAUGCCAUUGCUAAAGAGUUUUACUACUCACAGGUGGCAAUGGAGCCGGUUCUCCUCCACGUGGAACCCAAGGGACUGCCGGGGCUCUCGGAAUGGGAUUACAAGCCAGUACUGGCCUCGUGCUACUAUUCAAAUUUUUUGGCUUACAUCGUACCAAUCUUCGGUGGUUACUGGGCAGAUACCUAUAUCGGUCGGUAUAAGGCUAUUGUGAUUGGGGUUUUCAUCUGCGGCGUUGCCCACAUCAUCCAGGUUAUUGGCGCGAUCCCAUCUGUUCUCCAGAAGGGCAAAUCUAACGCGGCUCCACCGUUCGUUAUUGGCCUCUUACUUCUUGCUUUCGGUGCUGGUCUCUUCAAGCCAAAUAUCUCACCGACUGUUUUGGAUCAACACAAAUCCCAAACGCCAUACGUCAAGACUCUCAAGUCGGGCGAGAACGUCAUUGUCGACCCUGAAACCACCAACAAUCGGACCAUGCUGCUAUUCUACAUGUUUGUCAACAUUGGUGCUUUCUACAUGUUGGCGACAACCUACGCGGAAAAGUAUGUUGGUUAUUGGCUUUCCUUCCUGCUAUCGGGUAUCAUUUACUUCUUGCUUCCAAUCCUUCUCUUUGCUGUUUAUAAAAAGACCAAAAAGCAUCCUCCCAGUGGAAACAAGGACCUCGCGGAAGCCUUCAAAAUCGGAUGGACUGCCCUUGUGCAGAACAGAUUCCAAUUCUGGCGCAAUGACUUCUGGGAUGCAGCAAAACCCGCAAACCUUCGCAGUAAGGGAAUUGAAGUUAAUUGGACGGAUACCGCAGUAUUCAAGGUUGCGAAAACAAUGGAGGCGUGCGACAUCUUCUGGUUUUACCCCAUUUACAACCUAAACGACGGUGGUAUCGGCUCAGUCUCCACGAACCAAGGGGCCUCAAUGAUCACAAACGGAGCACCCAACGACGUUCUCAACAACUUUAACCCGCUGACAAUCAUGGUCGUCAUCCCCAUCCUAACUUUCGUGAUCUACCCAUUCCUAGAGCGGCGCAGGUUGAAGCCCGGUCCCAUUACCCGAAUGACCAUUGGCUUCUCUAUUGCUACUCUAGCCGGCAUUGUCGGUGCACUAGUCCAAUGGAAAGUCUACCAGCUCUCACCAUGUGGCACUCACUCAUCGACUUGUGACAGUGUCGCCGAUAUUAGCAUCUGGUGGCAGGUUCCCAAUACAGCUCUCAGCGCCAUAAGUGAAUGUUUUGCCAACGUCACAGCGUACGAGGUGGCCUACGCUCGAGCCCCAGCAAGCAUGAAGGGUUUGGUCGUUGCCAUUUUCCUUUUCAUGACUGCCUUAUCUAGUGCUCUUGGUGAGAUUCUCAUCCCCGCGAUCAAGGACCCGUGGUUGAUCUGGAUUUGGGCUGCUCCUGCCGUUGCACUGGCGGUGCAAACGGUUAUUUUCUGGAUCAGGUUCAGGCACAUGAACUCUGAGAACUACUUUGCCGAAGAUGUAGUUUAUUCCCCGGUCGAGGAGCAGCAAGUUUUACCCAAGACGGAGGCAUGA